CCGCCACGCGGAGCGAGCAGCCCGGAGCCCGGCCCGGAGGAGUUUGAGAAGCAUUGGCAGAGAUCUCAUGAGAUGGCACCAGCUGAAAAGGGGCAAAUAGGAUGAUCCCCCACUUGGGAACCAUGGUUGAGGGCCCAGUCUCCUGAUCGCUGCCCGGCACCCUCACCUUGGCGCCAGUUCCCAGGCGCGGCCAUCAUAUGGACCCAUGGCCCUGCUCCGGGGGCACGCGGAGGCCCCGGGCCUAGAGCCCGGCGGCGCAGGGCCAGGAGGCCGUGGAGGCCGAGCGACCCGAGCUCGGCACGUCAUCAUCAACGUCGGGGGGUGCAGAGUGCGCCUGGCCUGGGCCGCGCUGGCGCGCUGUCCCCUCGCGCGCCUCGAGCGCCUGCGAGCCUGCCGCGGCCACGACGAGCUGCUGCGUGUGUGUGACGACUACGACGUGAGCCGCGACGAGUUCUUCUUUGAUCGCAGCCCGUGCGCUUUCCGCGCCAUCGUGGCCCUGCUGCGCGCCGACAAGCUGCGGCUGCUACGCGGCCCGUGCGCGCUGGCCUUCCGCGAUGAACUGGCCUACUGGGGCAUCGACGAGGCGCGGCUGGAGCGCUGCUGCCUACGCCGCCUGCGCCGCCGCGAGGAGGAGGCCGCCGAGGCGCGCGUCACAUCGAACGGCCGUGGGGCGCAGGGGAGCCCGGCGCGCGCCCUGGGGCCUGGGCGGCUGGAGCGUGGCAGAAGGCGCCUGCGCGAUAUGGUGGAGAACCCGCAUUCUGGGUUGGCGGGCAAGCUCUUCGCCUACGUCUCGGUGGCCUUCGUGGCGGUCACAGCCGUCGGCCUGUGUCUGAGCACCAUGCCUGACAUACGCGCAGAAGAGGAACGGGGCGAGUGCUCCGCAAAGUGCCGCAACCUGUUCGUGCUGGAGACGGUAUGCGUGGCCUGGUUCUCCUUCGAGUUCCUACUGCGCUCCCUACAGGCCGAGAGCAAGUGCGCCUUCCUGCGGACGCCGCUUGCCAUCAUCGACAUCUUGGCCAUCCUGCCCUUCUACGUGUCGCUGCUUGCGGGCCUGGCGGCCGGUCCCACGGGCAGCAAGAUGCUGGAACGCGCGGGGUUGGUGCUGCGGCUGCUGCGUGCGCUCCGCGUGCUCUACGUAAUGCGCCUGGCCCGCCACUCGCUGGGGCUGCGCUCGCUGGGCCUCACCGUGCGUAGGUGCGCGCGCGAAUUCGGACUGCUCCUGCUCUUCCUCUGCGUAGCCAUGGCGCUCUUCGCGCCGCUUGUGCACCUGGCUGAGCGCGAGCUGGGUGCUCGCCGCGACUUCUCCAGCGUGCCGGCCAGCUACUGGUGGGCGGUCAUCUCCAUGACCACCGUGGGCUAUGGCGACAUGGUGCCGCGCAGCCUUCCGGGCCAGGUGGUGGCGCUGAGCAGCAUCCUCAGCGGCAUCCUACUGAUGGCCUUCCCAGUUACCUCCAUCUUCCACACCUUCUCGCGCUCCUACUCGGAACUCAAGGAGCAGCAGCAGCGCGCGGCCAGCCCUGAGCCGGCCCUACGCGAAGACAGCACGCACGAGGACAGCACGCGCUCGGCCAGCGCCACUGACGACAGCUCGCAGGACCCCGAGAGCAUGGCCCCGGCUGGGAGCUCGCCCAGCAUGGUGGAACCCUGAGCCAGGUGCUCUGCUGAGAGUUUCUGUGGGUCAAAGCCUAGGAGGACGGUGAGCGUCCACUGACACUGGAGUUGCAAACUUGGUCCAGCACUUGUCACUGCAGUCUGGCUAUCCAAGCAACCCCAAGUUUUCAUAGCCUGGAAGAUAAAAUAGUCUGGGCUUUCCCCUCCCCUUUAUUUUCCCCUCUAGUUUUAAAUUUUCUAUGAUUAACUAAAAAUAAAUUGAGUCCCAGAAACGCCAAGUCAAGUGCCAGCUACCCUGGACUGAUUUCUGUCUUUCCCUGCUUCUAACUCAGGGCAGUCCUAGGAAGCAAGGCAUGGCGUCCCUUCUUGCCCACCCUGUGACCUUUAGUGGGCAGUCUUCAGCUAGCACAGGGCUCUGUCAGCGUCCACAUUACCUGCUAAAAGUCUGGGCAGAGGUUUGACAGGACACUCAGCCUCCUAAUUCUGCCUAACUAUCCUUUGCAGGCAGAGGGUAAAGCUCUCCGCUUUGAAUUCUGACCUCAGUUCCCUGACACCAGCUCCUCAGAGACAAGGGUCUCUUGCUCUUUCAUUUCCUUGAUAAGGUGGCAAGUUUCCCUCAAGUUUGCAUGGCAACAUUUUCAUCUUUUCCCUGCCCUCUCACCUGAUCUGUAGGAAGGUUGCCUGUCCUCAGGGGACUUUUCUCUGAAAUACAGCUCAAGUGAAGGGGAAAAAAGGUUGCCUGUCCUCUUGGGACUUUUCUCUGAAACAUAGCUCAAGGGUAGGAAAAAGAAAAACAAAAAAAAAACUCUGUGAAAGGCCUGGUGGAGUGGGGUGGUGUUUUGGGAAGACUGGCUAGGACACAUCCAGGAGGCCCCCCUGCAGGGUUCCUUCAGCAGGAGCAGGAGCUUCUCAGUCAGGGCAAAUGGAAUGGAACUUCCCAAACCAUGUUCCUUUGCCCUUGUUCAACAAGCCCACAGGUGUGGUUGCACCAGUUUAUAAUCCCAGCAUUUGGGAGGUGGAGGCAGGAGGAUCAGAAGUUCAAUGAGUCAGGACACCACACCACCCUAAGACAGUCAUAGACCUCAACAUCCAGAGGGAAGGUCCACUAUCUUAGGCCACCAUCCCUGCCCACUAGGGCCCCCAUGUGAGGUGCGUGCCCACUUGGGACCCUUGUACCACAGACUUUGAAAGAUUCUAUACCAGCCCAAUAAAAAGUGCCAGU